AUGGAAACAGCAGCAGACUUGUUCACAGCUAAGCUGAUCUCUCAGCACUGCAAAAGUAUCCUCGACCGCAAAGACCACGUCAACACCCUCGACCUGCACCACCGCGUGGAGGUUCAGUAUCCAGCUCUCGACCUGCUGAGACAUGGCGACGAGGUAGUGAUUCUGCCAGCCACCAACAUGGAACACCGCUACGACCCUGUACCUCCUCUAGUGCCCGAUGAAGCCGUCACGAUUCACUCCGAUCUGACCGAUAGGAACAACGUUGCCUCUUCCACGGUAUACCCGAUCGAAUACAACGCCAGAGCUCCGAGGAGUCCUAAGUCUUCCGUAUUUGCUUCACUAGGCGACGACAUCCAGCAGUGUCGACAAUAUGCAGGCAAUACAGUGCUCAGGGCCGUGCUUUACGACCGUAGUACGGAAUUCUAUGCAACAGAGAAUAACAUCCGUAUACGAGUAGAACGGACCACUACCUUUCCACAUGGAAUCGCAAGUACUGAGACCAUGGGAACGCAACCAAGGACGUCACAACGCACGUACGAUUGGCCAUUGCGAGAACUGCGCCACACUUUCAAGUAUCAUCCCACGCCAUGGGAUGCUCAGAUCCUCGAAUUAGUCGACAGAUCGACCGACAAAGCUGUCCGACACGUUGCUUCGUUGUGCAGAGCACACGACAAAGCUUUCUUCGAAGAGCUACGUGAAGAUGAACGUGACGAGUGGCGUGGGAAACGUGAAUUCGACUACGGCGCUGUACUGGACAGCAAGGCGAAAGUCAUUCGCAGGAACGACCCUCGGGUGAAGGAUCAGAGCUGUGCGGUCUGUACGGAAGCCUUCGGUCCCAACACAGUACCCGUCGAACUGACUUGCCACGCCGGCCAUGUGCUAUGUCGAGGCUGUCUCCUGUACCUCUGCAUGAGCGCAGAAACCUGGCUCGAGAAAAUCAAGUGCCCACAAUGCAGAGAGCCAGCUUUAUCGUGGGAAGAGAUGGAGGCAGUCAAGUAUGGCGUAAUCAACGGAGACUUCUACUACCAAGAACAAUACACCGAAUGGGAGAACUUCCAACGCUCCUGCGCAGAUCUCGACAAGGAAGACAUCACGAACAAAACCCACACCGUCACCCUAAACGAAACCAACCGCUUCAUCAUCUUCGACAGCUGGCUCUACCUCUUCCUCGAAGACCUCCAAGGAAUCCAAGGCCCCACCCUCGAAGACCGCGAAGUAAUGCUCGCCGUCAAAGACCACCUCAACACCCUGUCAGGCUACAGCAUCCCAGCCAACGACCUCUUCGAGCAAUUGCAUUGGGCCGUCUAUAAACGCCUCCUAUCCGCCUACGAGUCCCACGGCUGGUUCAAAUACCUCGCCCCCCCCCCCCACCACAUCGCCCGCUUCACAGAAGAGCCCGCCUGGAAGUACCUCGAAGACUACCUCCUACGCCCCGGCUACUCCGGCCUUAUCACCCGCUCCCUCAAACGCGCGUUACGGUUCGUAUCACUACGGGAAUGCGAUCGCCGCGGUCCGGGCCAUGAGGGGACGAGACAUUUCCACGGAGGAAGGGCGUUUUUCGAUCUUAAUAGUUAUGUCGUGAAGCUGAGGGGCGAUGUGCCGAGGUUGGAGCGCUGGGAGAGGGACUUUGAGAGGGAGGAUUGGGGAGGGGGCUUAUAG